CCAACGGAGUGGUUGCAUGUGCACUAAUCAACACACAGAGAAGAAGCUUGGUAGAGUUAAGAUGGCGGCAUGUGGGUGAGGAGGCUGGGAUCUAAACUCGAGGUUUUUCGCCAUUAAACGAUUCAUAUGAAUCCGCACAUAUACAGUAAUCGAAAGAAGAACAAUUUCCACAUCUUUCACACGCCUCUGUGUGAUUUUGGAUUGACCUCAUGACAUCUAUACACUUCGUGGUUCACCCGUUACCCGGGACUGAGGAUCAGCUCAAUGACAGGCUCCGUGAAGUCUCAGAGAAGCUCAACAAAUACAGCUAUAACAGUCAUCCCCACCUUAGUCUGCUGGAGCAGGCUACAUUAAAACAAUGUGUUGUCGGUCCAAACCAUGCCGGUUUUCUCCUUGAGGAUGGCCGUGUGUGUAGAAUCAGCUUUGCUGUCCAGCCUGAUCGCCUGGAGCUCAGCAAACCGGAUGGCAGCGAUGGUUCAAAGUUGAGCAGUGGUUCAGGGACAGGAAGGAGCUCCAGGCCAGGCAGGACUAGUGAUCCGCCCUGGUUCCUGUCUGGCUCUGACACACUGGGCAGACUGGCAGGCAACACCCUUGGGAGUCGCUGGAGCUCUGGUGUAAAUGGAGGCAGCGGCGGAGCUGGAAGUGGAGGAGGAGCCGGGGGAGGUGGAGCUGGAGGUGGCAGCAGUGGAGGAGGAGGGGGGGGAGGUGGAAGCGGAGGCACGUCGGGCAGGUCAUCAACAGCAGCUCGGGAUUCCCGUCGCCAGACCAGGGUGAUCCGCACGGGGAGGGAUCGCGGCUCGGGCCUGCUGGGUAGCCAGCCUCAGCCCGUCAUUCCAGCGUCUGUCAUCCCUGAAGAACUUAUCACUCAGGCCCAGGUAGUCCUUCAGGGGAAGUCUAGGAGUGUGAUCAUUAGGGAACUCCAGAGGACCAACCUGGAUGUCAACCUCGCCGUCAACAACCUGCUGAGCCGGGACGACGAAGAUGGAGAUGAUGGAGACGACACAGCCAGCGAGUCCUACCUCCCUGGAGAGGACCUGAUGUCCCUGUUGGAUGCAGACAUUCACUCGGCUCAUCCCAGUGUGAUUAUUGAUGCUGAUGCCAUGUUCUCUGAGGACAUCAGCUACUUUGGCUACCCCUCUUUUAGACGCUCCUCGCUGUCUCGCCUGGGAUCCUCCAGAGUUCUCCUUCUUCCCUUAGAGCGCGACUCCGAGCUGUUGCGUGAGCGCGAGUCUGUGCUGAGGUUACGCGAGCGCCGGUGGCUGGAUGGGGCCUCGUUCGACACCGAGCGAGGCUCCACCAGUCGCGAGGGCGAGCCCAGCUUGGACAAGAAGAGCAUCCCGGUCCAGAGCCCUGUCUCCUUGGGAGAGGAGCUCCAGUGGUGGCCUGACAAGGAUGGCGUGAAGUUUGUAAGCAUCGGAGCCAUGUUCUCAGAACUGGUGGCUGUCAGCUCCAAAGGAGAGCUCUAUCAGUGGAAGUGGAGCGAACCUGAACCCUACAGGAAUACACAGAAUCCUUCGGUUCAUCACCCGCGUGUAUCCUUCCUGGGCCUGGCCAAUGAGAAGAUCACCUUAUUGUCUGCCAAUAGCAUUAGAGCCACUGUAGCUACAGAGACCAAUAAGGUGGCAACCUGGGUGGAUGACACACUGAGCACAGUGGCCUCUAAGCUGGAGCACAGUGCUCAGGCCUACCCUGAGCUGCAAGGGGAACGUAUGGUGUCCCUGCACUGCUGUGCCCUCUACACGUGUGCACAGUUGGAGAAUAGCCUCUACUGGUGGGGUGUUGUGCCUUUUAGUCAACGAAAGAAGAUGCUUGAAAAGGCCAGAGCCAAGAACAAAAAGCCAAAGUCCAGCGCUGGCAUCUCCUCAAUACCAAACAUCACUGUGGGAACACAGGUGUGCUUGAGGAAUAACCCCCUCUACCAUGCCGGUGCAGUGGCCUUUUCUGUCAAUGCUGGCAUUCCCAAAGUGGGCCUCCUGUUGGAGUCUGUCUGGAACAUGAACGACAGUUGCAGGUUCCAGCUGCGCUCACCAGAGAGCCUCAAGAACAUGGAAAAGACCACUAAGACCCAGGAUAUCAAGAUGGAAAGCAAGCCAGAGCUGGUGAAGACUGAGAUGGGUCCUCCUCCCUCCCCAGCAUCUACCUGCAGUGAUACCUCUUCCAUUGCUAGCAGUGCCUCACUGCCCUACAAGCGAAGGCGUUCUACCCCGGCUCCCAAAGAGGAGGAGAAGGUGAAUGAGGAGCAGUGGCCUCUCAGGGAGGUGGUGUUUGUGGAGGACGUUAAAAAUGUCCCUGUGGGAAAGGUGCUUAAAGUGGAUGGCGCGUAUGUUGCGGUGAAGUUUCCAGGGACAUCAAGCAGCAUGAGCAACCAGAGCACUGCUGCACCCACUGACUCUGACCCAUCAUCGCUGUUGCAGGACUGUAGGCUACUCAGAAUAGAUGAGCUGCAGGUGGUCAAAACUGGUGGGACUCCUAAAGUUCCCGAUUGUUUUCAGCGCACACCUAAAAAGCUCUGUAUCCCAGAAAAGGCAGAGAUUCUGGCCGUGAAUGUUGACUCCAAAGGAGUCCACGCAGUGCUGAAAACUGGUAACUGGGUGAGGUACUGUAUCUUUGACCUGGCCACAGGCAAAGCUGAACAGGAGAAUAACUUCCCCACCAGUAACCUGGCCUUCCUGGGCCAGAGUGAGCGCAAUGUGGCCAUCUUUACUGCAGGACAGGAAUCUCCCAUCAUCCUACGAGAUGGAAAUGGCACAAUCUACCCUAUGGCUAAAGACUGCAUGGGUGGUAUUCGAGACCCUGAUUGGUUGGACCUGCCGCCUAUAAACAGCCUAGGAAUGGGGGUGCACUCUCUGGCCAAUCUACCCUCUAACUCCACAAUUAAAAAGAAAGCUGCUAUUAUUAUUAUGGCUGUCGAGAAACAGACGCUGAUGCAGCAUGUGCUGCGUUGUGACUACGAGGCAUGUCGGCAGUACCUGGUGAACCUCGAGCAGGCGUUCCUGUUGGAUCAGGGCAGCCAGGCCCUCGGAGCCCUUCUGGAUCAUCGCUGUGAUGGGAACCGCAACAUCCUCCAUGCUGCUGUCUCCGUCUGCUUCCCUGUUAGUAACAAGGAAACCAAAGAGGAAGAAGAAGCAGAACGGUCGGAGAGAAACACAUUUGCGGAGCGCCUCUCGGCUGUGGAGGCAAUUGCCAAUGCCAUCUCAGUGGUUUCAAGCAAUAGUUCUGGGAAUAGGACCGGCUCCUCCAGCAGCAGAGGGCUUCGUCUGAGGGAGAUGAUGCGUAGGUCUCUAAGAGCAGCAGGUCUCGGCCGUCAUGAGUCCGGCCCUUCAUCCAGCGACCACCAGGACCCUGUGUCGCCACCCAUUGCCCCUCCAAGCUGGGUCCCUGACCCCCCACCCAUGGACCCUGAUGGUGACAUUGACUUCAUUCUAGCACCAGCUGUGGGUUCACUCACCACUGCCUCCACUGGGACUAGCCAGGGACCCAGCACCUCCACCAUACCAGGGCCGUCCACUGAGCCGUCUGUGGUCGAAUCUAAAGACCGAAAGGCCAACGCCCACCUUAUCCUGAAGCUGAUGUGUGACAGUGUUGUUCUGAGGCCGCACCUCCGGGAGCUGCUCUCUGCCAAGGAUGCCCGUGGAAUGACCCCCUUCAUGCUGGCAGUCAGUGGGAGAGCCUACCCGGCAGCCAUCACUGUGCUGGAGGCUGCGCAGAAAAUGGCAAAGGUGGGUGACCCAGGCAUUGCAGAGAAAGAGGAUGCAGAUUCUGUAUUCAUGGAAAUGAUUUGCCCCUCGGGGACCAACCCAGAUGAUUCGCCCCUCUAUGUUCUCUGCUGCAACGACACCUGCAGUUUCACUUGGACUGGAGCUGAGCACAUUAACCAGGAUAUCUUUGAGUGUCGGACCUGUGGUUUACUCGAGUCCCUCUGCUGCUGUACUGAGUGUGCAAGGGUGUGUCACAAAGGACAUGACUGCAAGCUGAAGAGGACCUCUCCCACAGCAUACUGUGACUGCUGGGAGAAAUGUAAGUGUAAAACGCUGAUCGCCGGCCAGAAGGCUGCUCGCUUGGACCUGCUUUACAGGUUACUCACAACCACCAACCUGGUCACAACACCAAACAGCAGGGGAGAGCAUAUCUUACUGUUCCUGGUGCAGACUGUUGCCAGGCAGAGUGUUGAGCACUGUCAGUACAGACCGCCACGCAUCAGAGAAGACAGGAACCGUAAGGCUGCAAAUGCAGAAGACUCCGAUAUGCCAGACCAUGACCUAGAACCUCCCCGCUUUGCUCAACUGGCUCUGGAGAGGGUCCUGCAGGACUGGAACGCCCUCAAGUCUAUGAUCAUGUUUGGCUCUCAGGAGAAUAAAGACCCACUUAGUGCCAGCAGCAGAAUUGCCCACCUUCUGCCUGAAGAACAGGUCUACUUGAAUCAGCAGAGUGGCACCAUUCGCCUUGACUGUUUCACCCACUGCCUCAUUGUCAAGUGUGCCCCUGACAUAACUUUCAUAGACACCUUACUGGGUACACUAGUAAAGGAGCUGCAGAACAAGUACACUCCUGGUCGAAGAGAGGAGGCAGUCAAUGUCACCAGGAGGUUCCUACGCUCUGUGGCCCGGGUAUUUGUCAUCCUCAGCGUGGAGAUGGCCUCAUCCAAGAAGAAAAACAACUUCAUCCCCCAGCCCAUUGGGAAAUGUCGACGGGUUUUCCAAGCCCUACUGCCCUACGCUGUGGAGGAGCUGUGUAACGUAGCGGAGUCGCUGAUUGUUCCGGUGCGAAUGGGCAUAGCGAGACCUACUGCGCCUUUCACUUUGGCCAGCACCAGUAUCGAUGCUGUUCAGGGCAGCGAGGAGCUCUUCUCUGUUGAACCGCUGCCUCCGAGACCUUCACCCGACCAGUCCAGCAGUUCCAGCCAGACAGCUGCCUCUUAUAUCAUCAGGAACCCCCAGCCUCGGCGCAGCAGCCAGUCACAGCCUGUCAGAGGAAGAGACGAGGAGCAGGAUGACAUUGUGUCAGCAGAUGUGGAAGAGGUUGAAGUUGUAGAGGGAGUAGCUGGUGAGGAAGACCAUCAUGACGACCAAGAGGAACAGGGAGAAGAAAAUGCUGAGGCAGAAGGGCAGCAUGAUGAGCAUGACGAGGAUGGGAGUGACAUGGAGCUGGAUCUGCUGGCAGCAGCUGAAACCGAGAGUGACAGCGAAAGUAACCACAGCAAUCAGGAUAACGCUAGCGGCCGGAGGAGUGUCGUCACGGCAGCCACUGCUGGCUCUGAAGCAGGCAGUAGGGUGUCCUUGGCAUUUCCUAUUUUUGGUGCCAGCAGUGUCCCUGCCUUCUUUUCAGAGGAUGACUCCCAGUCCAACGACUCGAGCGACUCCGACAGCAGCAGCAGUCAGAGCGACGAUGUCGACCAGGAGACGUUCCUGUUGGACGAGCCGCUGGAGAGGACAACUAACGCUUCCCACGCCAACAGUGCGGCCCAGGCCCCUCGUUCCAUGCAGUGGGCUGUUCGAAACACCCCCAGCCAGAGGGCCACUGGAAGUGCUCCCUCCAGCUCCUCCACCCCAGCUGCAAGCUCCACAGGCCUGAUAUAUAUCGACCCUACCAACCUGCGUCGCUCGAGCGCUAUUAGCUCCAGUGCUGCCGCGGCGGCUGCGGCUCUGGAGGCCAGCAACUCCAGCAGCUACCUGACGUCUGCCAGCAGCCUUGCCCGGGCCUACAGCAUCGUCAUCAGGCAGAUCUCAGACCUCAUGAGUCUGAUUCCCAAGUACAACCAUCUUGUCUACUCUCAGUACCCUGCUGCUGUAAAGCUCACCUACCAGGAUGCAGUCAACCUGCAGAACUAUGUUGAAGAAAAGCUGAUUCCCACCUGGAACUGGAUGGUGUCGAUCAUGGAUUCCACCGAGGCUCAGCUGCGAUAUGGCUCAGCUCUGUCGUCUGCUGGAGACCCGGGUCACCCCAGUCACCCACUCCACGCCUCUCAGCACUCGGCUCGCAGGGAGCGUAUGACGGCCCGGGAGGAGGCCAGCCUCCGCACCCUGGAAGGACGCAGGAGAGCAGCUACCCUGCUCACCGCUCGCCAGGGCAUGAUGUCGGCGCGGGGCGACUUCCUGAACUACGCCUUAUCGUUGAUGCGCUCCCACAAUGAUGAGCACUCUGAUGUACUUCCUGUGCUGGACGUGUGCUCACUGAAACAUGUGGCCUACGUGUUCCAGGCUCUCAUCUAUUGGAUUAAGGCCAUGAACCAGCAGACCACUUUGGACACCCCACAGAUGGACAGAAAGAGGAAUCGAGAGAUUUUGGAACUGGGUUUGGACAAUGAGGAUUCUGAACAUGAGAAUGAUGAGGACACCAAUCAAAGUUCAACUCUGCAGGACAAGGACGAGGACCCAGUCCCUGCUGAAACGGGUCAGAAUCACCCCUUCUUCCGCCGCUCUGACUCCAUGACCUUCCUGGGCUGCAUCCCUCCCAACCCUUUCGAUGUCCCCCUGGCUGAGGCCAUUCCUCUGGCAGACCAGCCCCACCUCCUGCAGCCUAAUGCCAGGAAGGAGGAUCUGUUUGGUCGUCCUUCUCAGGGCUUGUACUCCUCCUCCUACAUGGCAACCAAAGGCCUGGCUGAGGCAAGCAUGGACAGGAACUGCCUGGAGGUAAACAUGGGCUCCUCUCUACCCUCCCCCUCUCAGGUAUACCACCCCUCUUCACUGGACAAACACGCUGGCAGCUGUGUUCUAAUAUCCACGCAUAGCAAACACCAUGGAAAAGUUGAGAUCCUGCCCACUAAGAUGUCUUACUCCGCCAACCUGAAGAAUGUGAUGAGCAUGGAAACUGGCCAGCGGGGCACUGAGAACCAGACACUAGCAGAGCAAGAGAUGGAGACAUCAAAACCAGGCCCUUCACCCCAUGACCUCGCCGCCCAGUUGAAGAGCAGCCUACUUGCUGAGAUUGGCCUCACUGAGAGCGAUGGCCCUCCGCUUCCAUCGUUCAGACCUCACUGUAGUUUCAUGGGGAUGAUGAUCUCUCAUGACAUGCUACUUGGCCGCUGGCGUCUGUCACUGGAACUCUUUGGUCGUGUCUUCAUGGAGGAUGUCGGAGCUGAGCCUGGAUCGAUCCUCACCGAGCUGGGCGGCUUUGAGGUAAAAGAAUCCAAGUUCCGUCGGGAGAUGGAGAAGCUGAGGAACCUGCAGUCUCGGGACCUGGCCCUGGAGGUGGACCGGGAUCGAGACCAGCUGAUACAGCAGACCAUGCGUCAGCUAAACACACACUUUGGCAGGCGCUGCACAACCACACCCAUGGCAGUGCACCGGGUGAAGGUCACGUUCAAAGACGAGCCUGGCGAGGGCAGCGGCGUGGCCCGCAGCUUCUACACGGCCAUUGCCCUGGCCCUCCUCUCCAACGAUAAGCUGCCCAAUCUGGACUGUGUCCAGAGUGUCAGCAAGGGCAUGCAGGCCAGCAGUACGUGUCACCACGAUUACAAUUCAAAUCUCAUGCAGCGCUUGAGAAACCGAGAUCGGGAAAGAGAGAGGAGAAGCGGGGGGCUUCGAGCUGGAUCUCGUAGAGACCGAGACAGAGACUCAAGGAGGCAGCUCUCCAUAGACACCAGGCCUUUCAGGCCUUCGUCAGAGGGAAACCCCAGUGAUGAGCCCGACCCUCUGCCAGCACACAGACAAGCCCUGGGUGAAAGGCUCUACCCACGCGUUCACGCAAUGCAACCGGCGUUUGCCAGUAAAAUCACAGGCAUGUUGCUGGAGCUGUCCCCUGCCCAGCUGCUGUUGCUGCUGGCUAGUGAGGAUUCUCUCAGAGCCAGGGUUGAGGAGGCCAUGGAGCUUCUCAUUGCACAUGGAAGGGAAAAUGGUGCCGACAGUAUAUUGGACCUAGGUCUUUUGGAGGCUCCAGAGAAAGCACAACAGGAGAACCGUAAGCGGCAUGGUUCAACCCGCAGCGUGGUUGACAUGGAGCUGGACGACCCAGAUGACGGGGACGACAACGCUCCUCUCUUCUACCAGCCGGGCAAAAGAGGCUUCUACUCCCCUCGGCCUGGCAAGAACACAGAAGCCAGGCUGAACUGCUUCCGUAACAUUGGCAGAAUACUGGGGUUAUGUCUGCUUCAGAAUGAACUGUGUCCAAUCACGUUGAACAGACAUGUCAUCAAAGUGCUGCUUGGGAGGAAGGUGAACUGGCAUGACUUUGCAUUCUUUGACCCGGUCAUGUAUGAGAGCCUGCGGCAGCUAAUUCGCCACUCUCAGGCCGGCGAGGCAGACGCAGUGUUUGCCGCCAUGGACCUUGCCUUCGCCAUUGACCUCUGCAAAGAGGAAGGGGCUGGACAGGUGGAGCUUCUGUCUGGCGGGGUCAACAUGCCCGUAACUCCUCUCAACGUGUAUGAGUAUGUGAGGAAGUAUGCGGAGCACAGAAUGCUGGUGGUGGCUGAGCAGCCUCUCCAUGCAAUGAGGAAGGGUUUGUUGGAUGUGCUUCCUAAGAACGCCCUGGAGGACCUGACGGCCGAGGACUUCAGGCUGCUGGUCAACGGCUGCGGAGAAGUCAACGUCCAGAUGCUCAUUAGCUUCACCUCUUUCAAUGAUGAAUCUGGGGAAAAUGCGGACAAGCUCCUGCAGUUUAAACGCUGGUUUUGGUCCAUAGUGGAGAAGAUGAGCAUGACUGAGAGGCAAGAUUUGGUGUACUUCUGGACCUCCAGCCCCUCUCUGCCAGCCAGCGAAGAGGGCUUCCAGCCGAUGCCCUCCAUCACCAUCCGGCCUCCAGACGACCAGCACCUCCCGACGGCCAACACCUGCAUCUCGCGUCUCUACGUGCCACUCUAUUCUUCAAAACAGAUUCUCAAACAGAAACUCCUGCUAGCCAUUAAGACCAAGAAUUUUGGUUUUGUGUAGAGGUUCGACAGAAAUGACUUU